AAGACUGCCUGAAACGGAGUGCAUCCACCAGAUGUUUUACUCAAACAUCAGAAAAGCAUGAUGUCUGCGUGCAGCCAACCCGCGCUUGCAUCUGAAUAUAACGCUGGUUCCCAAGAUAAAAUGAUGACACACUAUAUCUCAUGGACAAUAUAAAAUACAGCUUUUCCCUUUGGCUGGCCUGCAGAACACGAACACACGUUGCUCACUCCAUCCACCCCAGGACUGCAUAAGGUACCAUGAUGUUUUCUUUUGCCAUCCUCACUGUACUUGCUUGUGCCAUCACCAUCCAUGCAGCAGCUAUUCAGCCCCGUGCAUCUUCCUAUUCGGGCGAGUACGGUGGAGGUGGAGGAAAACGCUUCUCUCAUUCUGGAAACCAACUGGAUGGACCCAUAACUGCCCUCAGGAUUCGGGUUAACCGGUGGUACAUUGUGGGCCUCCAGGUCCGUUAUGGCAAGGAGUGGAGUAACUACGUAGGUGGCAACUCCGGUGACCUGGAGGAGAUCUUCCUCCACCCUGGCGAGUCCUUCAUCCAAGUCUCCGGGAAAUACAAGACUUACGUCCGGAAACUGGUCUUUGUCACUGACAAAGGGCGUUAUUUUCCUUUUGGCCAGGACACGGGUACCAGCUUCAAUGCAGCUCCCCUCUACCCAAACACUGUCCUGCGUUACUUCAGUGGCAGGUCUGGUUCUGUCAUUGAUGCCAUUGGCUUUCACUGGGACAACUACCCAAGCAAUUGCCCCAACUGUAAGAAGUGAAGGGGAAAACGGCUAGAGAGAAGCAGGCCUCUCUGGGUGCGACCGCACGGAGCAAGGAUGGGGUGUCUUUGGCUCAUCUCUUUGGGAAUUGCCUUCCCCUUGUUCGAGACUUCUUGCAGCCCCCUCAGUCUCCAAUAACUCUCUUCCCAGGUGGUUUUCCCUUCACCAACUGAACAGAUUAAUCCAUCCAUUCGUCAUCUUGCACAUCCACUCACCCAGCCAGCCAUCCAUCAGUUCUCUCAAAAUGUUUUCUGUUCUUCUUUUGGAGUUCAGCUAAGCCAACCAACCUCUGCCUCAUCUCUGUCCCAUUUCCUCAGACCUUCCUCCCCAUCAAACAGUCACCUUGUAUACCGUGCCAAUUGAUCAUAAUAAACAAUAAAUAAUAACAAGCAAAUGCCAAA